AGAGAGAGAGAGAGAGAGAGAGAGCAGUCACUUCAUCCAAGCCUGAGCCCUGCCUAUCAGAAAGGAGCAGGCGUGUGCAGAGAAAGAGAGAGAGCGCGAGAUGCACACACAGGAGUGAGGGAGCAGCGAGGCUCAUUUUACUAGUUGCUGGGACUGCCGCGGGCUGCUGUGGCAUCUGAAGGAGCGUGCCCAUCAUGUCUCAGCCCGGGAGUCGGGUGUCUUCGAAGAAGGCGGGGAUUCGGGCUGCCGUGAUACUUAUCGGACUGCUGCACAAGUCACGGAGGCAGAAGGAGCGACGGAAGCAGGAGUUGUUAACCCUCUCCGAUGCACCUCUAAGUGACCGGCCACCCUCCCCUCCCCGCACUGCACCCCCCAGCAUGAAGUCGAUGGAGUUCUUCGAUAUGCUGGAAAAGAUGCAGGUCCCAAAAGCAGAGGAGCAGAAAAGUGGGACCCAGAGAAACAAGGAUGAUUACAUUCCCUAUCCACGAAUUGAAGAGAUCCUGGAGAAAGGGGGUCCGUACCCGCUGGUGAUCCUGCCCCAGUUUGGGGGUUACUGGAUCGAGGAUCCUGAGAGCGUGGGCACCCCAGACAGCAUCUUCUACGAGGAAGAGGACGGGGGCUUGAGCCCUGGUACCUUCGGGUACAAGCUGGAGUGCAAUGGCACCGCACGUGCCUACCGGAACCACUUCCUGGGCAAGGAGCAUAUGAAUUUUUACUGCAGUGGCAGCAGCCUGGGAAACCUCAUUCUCUCCCUGAAAUACGAGGAAGUGGAAAACCAGGAGUACCUCCGAAUAAUACUCAGGUCCAAAGUCAAAACCCUACACGACAGAAUCUCCUUGGCUGGACUCUACAAGCUCCCCAGCAUCCCGCAGAUAGCCAAGGCUCUCUGUGAUGAUGUGACUGGCUUGAAGUUCAAUCCUGUGCUGUACCCGAGGGCAUCCCAGCUGAUAGUAACCUACGAUGAGCACGAAGUCAACAACACCUUCAAGUUCGGCGUGGUCUAUCAGAAAUCCGGACAGAUCUCCGAGGAGGAACUCUUUGGAAAUAAUGAAGAAAGCCCUGCUUUUGAAGAAUUCCUAAAUUUACUUGGGGACAAGAUCCAGCUGCAGGAGUUUAAAGGUUUCCGAGGAGGUCUUGACGUGACCCACGGCCAGACUGGUGCGGAGUCCGUCUACACUGUCUUCAAGGACAGAGAGAUCAUGUUCCACGUCUCCACCAAGCUGCCCUACACUGAGGGAGACACGCAGCAGCUGCAGAGGAAGAGGCACAUUGGGAACGACAUUGUAGCCGCUGUGUUUCAAGAAGAGAACACACCUUUCGUGCCGGACAUGAUCGCGUCAAACUUCCUGCAUGCCUACAUCGUAGUGCAAGUUGAGGACCCCUGCACGGAUCACACCUCCUACAAGGUGUCAGUAACCGCGAGAGAGGAUGUCCCUCCCUUUGGUCCAUCCCUGCCAAACCCGGCCGUCUUUAAGAAGGGUCCGGAGUUCAGAGAGUUCCUGCUUACGAAGCUGAUCAACGCAGAGAACGCCUGCUACAAGUCUGACAAGUUUGCGAAGCUGGAGGGUCGGACGCGGGCGGCGCUGAUAGAUAACCUCCACGACGAGAUCCACUCUCAGACGAUGGCCAUGCUGGGGCUGGGCUCCGACGAGGACAAGCUGGAGAACGGCAGCCACCACGGCUUCCUCGAGUCCUUCAAGAGGGCGAUCCGUGUGCGCAGCCACUCCAUGGAGACAAUGGUGGGCACCCACAAGAAGCACCACAGCGGGGGGGUGCCGGGCAGCCUCAGCGGGGUGAUCUCCCAGAACAGCAGCGAGUGCACCAAGAGCACCUUCUCGCCACCGGUCCUGUCUGCAAAGAGCCCUCUGAAGAGUCCAGGGAAGAGGCGCUCUGGGCUGUUCCCUCGCUUGCAUGCCAGCACUGAGAGCCAGGGAGACAGCAGGACUCGAUGUGACAGCCUCUCGAGUGCCCAGAAGACUCCAGACAGCGGCCACGUGUCACAGGAUGUGAAGUCAGAGACCUCCUCCAAUCCCAGCUCUCCUGAAAUCUGCAACAGUAAAGAGAGGUCCUACAUCAAGCUGAAGGACAGCGGCCGCUCCAACAUCUCCCGCUCGUCCUCCAGCACUAGCAGCAGCAGCAUGGCCGGGGAGAGCGAGGUCCCGGAGGAGACUGAGAGUGCGAGCAGCCAGCCCUCCACAGCCUCCCCGUUCCGGGGCGACGCGUUUCUGUACAGCCCGUCGCUGAGCUGCGAUGCCCAGUGCUCUGCCACGCCCGUCAUCAUGUGCCGCAGCCCCACAGAUGUGAAGAGCAAGACGUCGCCAAGAUCCAACUUGAAAUUCAGGUUCGAUAAACUGAGCCAGUCCAGUGCAAUUAACCAGGAAAGGACGGGUAUGGAUUUGAUUGCAGAAGAGCUAAGCAGAAGCUGACUUUGCAAGGUGAUAUUCUACUACUGUAGAGCAGAGAAAGAUACAAGCGUUCGACCAGGAGCCUCGUCUUUGAAAGAGCCUGGGAUACAUUCAGAACAAAAGCACCCCGAGACACAGUAUCCUACCUGAGACAACCCCACAGAGUUGCACUGUUACCCAACAGUGUGUUUGCCAUGUAUCCUUAGCUCUGCGUUGUGCAUUCCAUAUAUCACAAUAAACAGCAGGGGAAAGUACACUCGAAGAAAAUCUGCAGCAGUCACAGAUCAGGUUAUCAGCACCUCCCGAUAAUGCAGCGCCGGAGAGGCAUGUUCUGCUUUUCACUGUGCUGUCCUCACUCUCAUAAGAACUGGGGUGCUGAUGUCACACCGGGGUAGUGCUGCUGCACUGUAGAUGUGCAAUGCUGCAUUCAGUAGACCACGGUUUUCUUGGGGGGGGGGGGGGGCUGAUCAAAUGCAAUGGGGCUGUACAGUAUGAAGUAUGUUAAAUGUUAUACUGUAUUGCUGUAUAGAGCACACACUUGGGUGACACACUGCCACCUAAAGCACACAAACGCUAUACACUCACAUGAACUCUACAUAGAGGCUUGCCUUGAGAGGUCAGUUUUAUUUAUAGUGCUCCUGGUCUGUGGUUUCCAAAGCGAUCCACAGCAGAAUCGAUGUAAAUACUAAGGAUUUAAUUUAUUGCUGUUUCAGCACAUUGCCUUUUGUUGUCGUCAUGUAUAAAAAGAGAAAAGUAUAUAAUUAUUAAUAAAUAAAUAAAUAUACAUUUUAAAAGAUUUAAAUCAGAGAAUUGUCUAUGUAUUAUGCACCGUGUCCAUGCAGAAUUUGCUAUAAAAUAAUAAAC